AUGAUAGGUAUGUUUGCAGAUGUAUUAACUAUGUUACCAUUUUUUGCAUUUUUAUUAGAUUUAGGAGAGGCAUAGAAAAUAUUUUAUAUGUUGUAUUUAAUAAGAAUCUACAAAAUUACUGAUUUCAUACAAAACUUAAAUUUUUAUUCAAAUUAAUAUGAUUAGCUUUUUGUGAUUAUGACAACUAUUUAAAUUCAUUUUGCUACUUUUAUUACAUAAACUAUUAUUUACAUGUUUGCUGAAUAAUAAUAAGACUAUACAAAUUACAUUUAAAAUAUUUUUGUUGUGUUAUUUUUCAAUCCUAACAUAAUAAAACGUUAUUAUUUUAUUAUUUAUUUGAUUAGAAUUCUUUUAUUGAUUUUUUAUUUUGUAAAAAUUAGAUAGAUAAUUAAUUAUCAAUCACUUCCAUUAGAUCAUUAUAUUAAUUAUGCUCCAAAAACUUUGAAAUCAAUUAUUAAUUAUUAGUAAGAAAAUAGAAAAACAAAAUUUGAUAUAAAAUCUUUACCAAUAUAUUUAUAAUAAAAAAUGAAGAGAGAGAAAUAUUUAAAGAUUUUAUAAAGUAUCCCAAUAUUUAAGAAAUCAUUUUCUAAUUAAACAUUACUAAAUUUAUGUGAAAUAAUAGUUGAAGAUAUUUUAAAACCAAAUAAAGUAGUUAAAUAGAAAGAGUGUCUUCAUUUUCUAUUGGAAGGAUAAAUAGGCAUAGUUUAAAAAUGUUAAUAAUCUUAGAAAGAAUUCAAAUUAGCUAAAAUAUAAAAUCCAUUUUAGAUUUUUAAUAAUAUUGCAUUUUUUAAAAAUUAAUUAUAGGGAAUAGAAUUUAAAAGUAUUGGAUAUACUAAAAUAGCAACUUUAGAUUAGAAUUAAUUUUAAAAUUUAAUUCGAUAAUGUCCUCAAGAAUUUUAAAAGUAUAGAAUGCUUAUUGAUACCCUUUUGAUAGAAAAUAAAUCUUAUUUAAUAAAUAUUUAAUGUUUUAGUUGUUUUAAAGAACAUGAUAUUACUGAAUGUCCAGUUGUGAAUUACAAGCCUAAUAAAAAUUAAGUAAUUCAAAAUCUUAUAUAAAAUAAAGAGUAAACAAGAGUAAUUGAUUUUAGAAGAGUAACUAUCUUUAAUUAUAUAAUUAGUAAGCAAAUGGAAAGAAGAGAAAGCUUAUUGCUAUAGUUAAAAAUGAUAAAAAGGAAGAUUCUGAAUCUUUGGAUUCUGAAGAAUACGAUAAAGUUGAAUCAUUUUAGAAGGUUUUAGCUUCUUCAAAUUCUUUAUAAAGUUAGAACAAUAAUAAUAAUAAUUUUAUAAAUUAAUUGGAAUUGAGUUCUGUUCCUUAUGUAAAUUAUUCACAUAGUGGCUAAACUUUAUAAUCUAAAAGAACAGAUUCAGAAUAAUUUAUAUGUUCUUAAGGAAUUAGUAGUAGUAUGAGUAGUAGAAAGAUCUUUUUUAAUGAAAUUAAAGAAGUAGGAUAAUCUAAAUUUUAAAGAUAUGAAUAAUAAUCUGAAGAGUAAUAAAUAUCUUAAUUGAAUUAAAAUGCAUUAUAAAGAGUUUAAGAUAGUGUAUUACAAACAAAGAAGAGAUUUAAUUAAAAUACAAUGAAAAAGAAUAAUUAAUAAUAAUUCUAAAGAUAUUAAACAGAUAUCUAAGCGGAACUUAAGAAGAGAGAUUCAAGAAAAAACCAAACCAUGGUUAAUAGUGGAAUCGAAUAAAAUAAUAAUUUUAAUAGAAGAAUCUCAAUAGAGAAUAACUUUUUGGAAUUAUUUGAAAAACUUAAUUCUUUUGAUGAUUAUUUUCCACAUUAUAAUGUAGAUUAAUAAAUCAACAAUUAUUAUAAGAUGCAAUCUAUAAAAAAAGAUAAUAAUUAAUGA